ACCACGAAAUACAAGAUGGGUUGGUUCGGUUCAGACAAGUCAAAUACUCCGGAAGCACCCAAGGCCACUGCCGAUGGUGGUUUCAUUGCGCCCGACCGCACAAAGCGCGCCCACUGCUGGGAGGCUCGCGACGGCUACUUUGCCUGCCUCGACAAGAACAACAUCAUCGACAGUGUGAGAGAGGGCGAGAAGGCCGACAAGCUUUGUGCACAAGAGGCCGUCAAGUUUGAUCAGAACUGUGCCUCAAGUUGGGUCCAGUACUUCAAGAAGAGAAGAGUAAUGGAAUAUCAGAGAGACCAGACACUCAAGAGACUGCAAGGCGAGGGCGCCAGCGACAUUGCUGUCCAGCAGAAGUAAUCAAUCGUCAACAUCAUACACGCCACUCGAAGAAGUCGCAUAAUCGCCCCUAGAGCUCAUGCCUAAGCCCUGACCCGCCACUCCACUCAGCACUGCAGUCGACCUAGUGCUUUUACUUGAUCAUGUUCGAUCUCUAAGAAAAGUCAGGAUGACUGGGAACAUGUUGAAGACUCGGAAUGAAGGAGCGUGGAAAGGACAAGUCCGGUCUGAAAC